AUGAGUGAGAAGAUUGAGGUGGUAGCCUCCAACGCCCGCAGGCUUGCCGCAGAGGACCAUGAAUUGGACUUGAAAGCUGUGCAGUCCCUAGCACUUUCAUUAGCCGAUGUCGGAACCGGAUUGACUGAAACCCAAAAGAGACUCAUCUUGAAGAGGUUGGAUUUCGACAACAUUGUUGAUUACAGUGACUUGCCACCAGCAGCCGUCUUCUUGAUUGAAAAAAUCCAAAACUUGACUGUUGAAGAGUCAAUUGAAAUCUUGAAAGAGGCCUUGGUUGAGCACGACGAAGAUGUCAACUUCCCAACUGGCGAGUACAAUUUGAUUGAAGAGUUGCUUGCUACUGCACCAGGUCAAAUCCACUCAAACCUUUCAUCCGAGUCCAAUGAGAAAAAGGAUAACGUUACUGAAAAAGUUGUUGAAAAAGAUGUUCCAGAUGCAAGUUCGGCAUCACAAUCAAGCUCACCCGAGGAAGAACAAUACUCCGCAUACAAGAUUGUUGACUGGGAGUUGCAAGUUAGAUUAGAAGCCGCUUUAAUCGCGUACCACUCCCCCUAUCCUGAAGUGAGAGCCGUCACUGAUCCAUUCGACGAUCCCAGCAUCCCAUGUGAAACUUUUAGAGUAUAUCUUCUUGGUACCAUUUGGACCCUUAUCGGUACAUUCAUCAAUCAGUUCUUUGCUGAAAGACAACCAUCCAUCUCGUUGUCGUCCGCGGUUGUUCAGUUGUUCCUUUACCCAUCGGGUGUCUUGAUUUCAAAGAUCUUGCCCAAAAAGACAAUCAAGCUUGGUAAAUUUUCGUUUGACUUGAACCCGGGUCCAUGGAACCACAAGGAACAAAUGUUGGCUACCAUUUUCUACAGUGUCUCCAAUGGUAUCUCGUACGUGAGCUACAAUCUCCACGUUCAAAAAUUGGAAAUCUUUUACAACAACGAAUGGGUCGACUUUGGCUACCAGGUGUUGCUCAUCUUGUCCUCCAACUACUUGGGUAUCGGCUUUGCCGGCAUCUUGAGAAGAUUCGCCAUUUACCCAACUAGAUCCAUUUGGCCAACCAUCUUGCCAACUCUCAGUUUGAACAAGGCCUUGUUGCAAAAAGAAAGCAAAGAAAACAUCAAUGGCUGGACGAUCUCGCGUUACAGAUGGUUCUUUGGCGUUUUUGUCUUUUCAUUCUUGUACAAUUGGUUCCCCACUUAUUUAUUCCAAGCACUCAGUUAUUUCAACUGGUUGACUUGGCCAUCUCCAAACAAUGUCAACUUGGUUUCGCUUACUGGUUUUGCAACCGGGUUGGGAUUGAACCCUUUCCCAACUUUUGACUGGAACAUUUUGAACUUUAACGGUUGCUUAACUUACCCCUUCUACGCCCAAUUGAACCAAUACAUUGGGUCUUUCCUCGGAUUUUUUGUCAUUGUUGGGUUAUGGUACAGCAACUACAAAUGGACGGGCUAUAUCCCCAUUAACAGUUCAUCGUUGUUUGACCAGAAUGGUAACAGAUACAAUGUCAAGGACAUUGUUGACGAAAACACCAUGUUUGACCAAUCCAAAUAUGAACAAGUUGGACCACCAUACUACUCAGCUGCCAACUUGGUGGUGUACGGUGCUUUUAUUGCCCUUUACCCAUUCUCCAUUGUUUACGAGGUGUUUAUGAACAGGAAGCCCAUUUGGAAGGCCAUCAAAGGUUUGACCCGUGGCUUCAAAAACUUCAGAGGCUCCGUUUACGAAGGCUUCCACGACCCACACACCAACAUGAUGCGCAAGUACAAGGAAGUGCCCGACUGGGUGUUUUUGAUUGUUCUCGUGGUGUCCAUCGUUUUGGCGAUAAUCUGCGUCUCGCUCUACCCCGUGCAGACGCCAGUCUGGGGUAUUUUCUUUGCCGUGGGAAUAAAUUUUGUCUUUUUGAUCCCACUUACCGCCAUUUACGCUACAACCGGGUUCUCGUUUGGCUUGAACGUCUUGGUUCAGUUGAUUGUUGGAUUCAUGUUUGAAGGGUCCGGGUUGGCUCUUAUCACGUUAAAGUGUUUUGGCUACAACAUUAAUGGCCAAGCACAAAACUACAUUUCGGAUCAGAAAAUGGGCCAUUAUCUCAAAAUCCCACCAAGAGCCAUCUUCAGAUGCCAAAUGUUGUCGAUUUUCAUUUCCUCGUUCCUUGGUUUGGCUGUGCUCAACUUCCAAAUUGACAACAUUCCAAACUACUGUGAGCCAACAAACACCCAAAAGUUUACUUGUCCAAGCUCGACUGUUUUCUACAGUGCCUCGAUCUUGUGGGGUGUCAUUGGUCCCAGAAAAGUGUUUAGUGGCUUGUACCCUAUCUUGCAAUGGUGUUUCCUUAUUGGGUUCUUGGCUGCGUUCCCAUGCAUUGCCUUUAAGAAAUACGCUCCCAAAAAGUACACCAAGUACUUCCAGCCUACGUUGGUUGUUGGUGGUUUCUUGUACUAUGCUCCUUAUAACUUGUCCUUCUACACGGGAGGCCUUUACAUGUCGAUCAUUUUCAUGUGGUACAUCAAGAGCCGUUACUUGGCCUGGUGGCAGAAGUACAACUUUGUCUUUUCCGGAGCCAUGGAUGCCGGAGUUGCUUUCAGCGCAAUCAUCAUCUUCUUUGCUGUGCAGUACAAGGAGUACAACAUCAGUUGGUGGGGUAACGACGUUAUGUGGAACGGUAUCGAAGGUAUGGGUGGCCGAAGCAGAUUGGACCCACUGAGUGCUCCUGAUGGAUACUUUGGACUUAGACCAAGCCAGUAUCCAUAG